GCGCCUCGCCGUGCUCGUCUGUCCGCGCUGCCGCCAUGCCCGGAGGUCUGCUUCUCGGGGACGAGGCCCCCAACUUCGAGGCCAACACCACACACGGACGCAUCCGCUUCCACGACUUUCUGGGAGACUCAUGGGGCAUUCUGUUCUCCCACCCCCGGGACUUCACCCCGGUGUGCACCACAGAGCUCGGCAGAGCUGCGAAGCUGGCCCCGGAAUUUGCCAAGAGGAAUGUUAAGAUGAUCGCCCUCUCAGUAGACAGCGUUGAGGACCAUCUUGCUUGGAGCAAGGAUAUCAACGCCUACAAUGGUGAGGCUCCCACAGAAAAGCUGCCUUUCCCCAUCAUUGAUGACAAGAACCGGGACCUGGCCAUCCUCCUGGGCAUGCUGGACCCGGCAGAGAGGGACGAAAAGAACAUGCCCGUGACGGCGCGCGUGGUGUUCAUCUUCGGGCCCGAUAAGAAGCUGAAGUUGUCCAUCCUGUACCCAGCCACCACGGGCAGGAACUUUGAUGAGAUCCUCAGAGUGGUUAACUCUCUCCAGCUGACCGCAGAGAAGAGAGUUGCCACCCCGGUGGAUUGGAAGGAGGGAGAUAGUGUGAUGGUCCUUCCAACCAUCCCUGAAGAGGAGGCCAAAACCCUUUUCCCCAAAGGAGUCUUCACCAAAGAGCUUCCGUCUGGCAAGAAAUACCUCCGCUACACGCCCCAGCCCUAGAGAAAUCACGGCCGGGGCUGCUCGUGUAGCACAGUGAACCGCAACAUGCCAGCUGCCAAUCAUGUUUUCCUAACAAUUCCAUGCAAACAUCUCAGUUUAAUCACCGCCUGGGUCUUUAGGUCACCGUACUGCUGACUUAUUAAAUGAAAAUGACACUCAAGUACCUUGGGCUUCUUUACUGUGUGACGUCACCAGCGUUUGUCCCGUUCCCAGGCGUCAGCAGGCUGAGCUGGCUGGGCCCUGGGGAACACGCCAUGUGUGUGAAAGCUCCCGUCUUGGUGGGUCUCUGCUGUUUGUGAUCAAUGAAUAACAUCUCUUGAUUGAGAAGCCUGCUUCGCUCCAUCCUAGGCUGACUGCUGCUUCUCUUAACUGUUCCUCUCUUCUGCUAACCCAUUUGGAGAAAAGAUCUCUGUAAAUAUCUACAGGUACUACCUGGAACCCAAGAACUUAGGAAUUUCACUUGAAAGUUCUUUAAUCAGUGUUUUAACCAUAACCGGAAGAAAGAUUGACUUUGUGUACUUUUCUAGUAGAUAACUAUUUUUAAAAAUGGGGGGGGGUGGAGUGGUUGAAAUGGGAUCCAUUUUCAGUUCAGGGAGAGGUUGGAGCAGAGGUGCACCACCCACCAGGGAGACAGCCAGAGCUGUGUCUAAUGCCACGUGCCUUCCACACGCAUUGUCCCCUUGAUGUCAUUGCACAUGGAAGGGCUCACAGCAUGAUUGAUGGACAGUAUUUUAUUACAGGACUCUUGCAAGGGGUUGCUAUUUUUCUGAACUUUGCUUUCUGGAGAUCAGCAAAUAAAAUUCUUCGUUAAAACCGGA